AAGAGGAGCGUUACUCCAGCUUGUCACCGAAACAUGAACCUAACUGAAUAUUUAGACGCUUUCGCGGUUGUUUGGACUCAGUCAUGUCGAACAACAGCGCUGCCAACAGCAGUCUCGUCAUCGCCCAGAAGGCGGUGAAGCAGCUGCGUCUGGAGGCCGGUGUCCGUAGGAUCAAGGUUUCUCAGGCCGCUGCAGAACUGAAGACCUUCUGCUUGCAAAAUGCCCACAAGGACCCUCUCCUAACCGGGGUUCCCUCCAGCGAUAACCCAUUCAGGCCCCCCAAGUCAUGUGUCCUCUUCUGACGCAGCACAAGACUCGCCCCUUCCAGCUUCAAGUAUUUCUUGUCUUCUCAAGGACUGGGAGGAGUGCCAAGCAUUCAGACAGAUGCCCGAUUCCAACGUGGAUUCCUUUAAUGUGCCCUUCUGUCUCUGAAGAGGAGGAAGCCAAGGCCGCGCACACGGACACACACACACACACACACACACAAACACUGGAUUAGCUACAGAAUGAUCCUGAACAUUUGAGUAAAUGCAGCGUGCCUAUUGUGAUUGUUUUAUAUUGCUUUUUUCAGGAUUCGGUGAUUUAUGGUUUUGGUUUACAUAUUAGGAGUAAAUGCCAAUUAUGUUUUGGGGGGGCCACGCCCAACUUUGCACCACUUGUAAAACAUGUGAUUAUUCUAUUAGCUCUUGUUGGAUGAAAAUAAUUAGAAAAUUCUACAAAAACCACAUUCCUAUUGGAUUUAUUUAUUACUAUUUAUGAAAAACACACCAAAACAAUUAUAAAAAAAUGCAAAAAAAGGAUAACAUGUUUUUUUUUCCUUUCGUACCCAAUAACAACAUAACAGUCACCAUUUGUUUGUUUAGGUCAUCCGUCUGUAACGUUGUAUCUUGCACACAUCUUGCAAGUAAGAGCAAUUGCAAUGUUUUUCUGUUAAAAUAAAAUCCCAGGAAUCAUG